UAUUGGUGUUUUGUCUGGAUAUUUUCUAUCACGGACGGAGGAAGAUUCAAAAUCAAGACAAAAUCAAGACUAUUCUUGCCCUUCUUCUCUUCUGCUCUUGGAGGAGGAGGGUGGUUGUAACAAUUGAUUUCUGAGGAAAGCUCCUGCUUAGGCGAUCAUGUACAUCAAACAGGUCAUCAUCCAGGGGUUCCGAAGUUACAGGGAUCAGACUGUGGUGGAUCCUUUCAGCCCAAAGCACAAUGUCAUCGUGGGCAGAAAUGGAUCGGGGAAAAGUAACUUCUUCUAUGCCAUUCAGUUUGUGCUCAGUGAUGAGUUCAGCCACCUCCGUCCUGAGCAGAGACUGGCCCUCCUGCACGAAGGGACUGGCCCUCGGGUUAUUUCGGCCUUUGUGGAGAUUAUAUUUGACAAUUCUGACAACAGGCUGCCGAUCGACAAAGAAGAGGUGUCCCUCCGACGUGUCAUCGGCGCCAAGAAAGACCAGUACUUCUUAGACAAGAAGAUGGUCACUAAGAACGACGUCAUGAACCUGCUGGAGAGUGCUGGCUUCUCCCGUAGCAACCCCUACUACAUCGUCAAGCAGGGAAAGAUCAACCAGAUGGCCACAGCCCCCGACUCCCAGCGCCUGAAGCUGCUGAGAGAGGUGGCCGGCACCAGGGUGUACGACGAGCGCAAGGAGGAGAGUAUCUCACUCAUGAAGGAGACAGAGGGUAAGCGCGAGAAGAUCAACGAGCUGCUGAAGUACAUCGAGGAGCGUCUGCACACGCUGGAGGACGAGAAGGAGGAGCUGGCGCAGUACCAGAAGUGGGACAAGCUGCGCCGUGCUCUGGAGUACACCAUCUACAACCAGGAGCUCAAUGAGACGCGCGCCAAGCUUGAUGAGUUGUCCACCAAGAGAGAGACAUGUGGUGACAAGUCCAGGCAGCUGAGGGAUGCCCAACAGGACGCCAGAGACAAAGUGGAGGAGACGGAGCGCGUGGUGCGGGAGCUGAAGGCCAAGGUGACGGGCAUGAAGGAGGAGAAGGACCAGCUGAGCUCGGAGCGGCAGGAGCAGAUCAAGCAGCGCACCAAGCUGGAGCUCAAGGCCAAGGACCUGCAGGACGAGCUCGCCGGCAACAGCGAGCAGAGGAAACGGCUGCUGAAGGAGCGGCAGAAGCUUUUGGAGAAGAUCGAGGAGAAGCAGAAGGAGCUGCAGGAGACUGAGCCCAAGUUCAACACCGUCAAGGAGAGGGAGGAGAAGGGCAUCGCCAGACUGGCCCAGGCGACGCAGGAGCGUACGGACCUGUACGCCAAGCAGGGCCGUGGCAGCCAGUUCACGUCCAAGGAGGAGAGGGACAAGUGGAUCAAGAAGGAGCUCAAGUCCCUGGACCAGGCCAUCAACGACAAGAAGAGGCAGAUCGCCACCAUCAACAAGGACCUCAAGGACACCGAGGACAACAAGGAGAAGAACGUGGAGCAGUACAACAAACUGGACCAGGACCUGAACGAGGUGAAGACGCGCGUGGAGGAGCUGGACAAGAAGUACUACGAAGUCAAGAACAAGAAAGACGAGCUGCAGAGUGAGAGAAACUAUCUGUGGCGAGAGGAGAAUGCUGAGCAGCAGGCGCUGGCUGCCAAGAGGGAAGACCUGGAGAAGAAGCAGCAGCUACUCCGCGCAGCCACCGGCAAGGCCAUCCUGAACGGCAUAGACAGCAUCAACAAGGUGCUGGAGCAUUUUCGCCGCAAGGGCAUCAACCAGCACGUCAUCAACGGCUACCACGGCAUCGUCAUGAACAACUUCGAGUGUGAGCCUGCCUUCUACACCUGUGUGGAGGUCACGGCCGGAACUAGGUUGUUCUACCACAUCGUGGAGACUGACGAGGUGAGCACCAAGAUCCUGUCUGAGUUCAACAAGAUGAAUCUGCCGGGAGAGGUCACCUUCCUGCCCCUCAGCAAGCUGGACGUGCGCGACACCGCCUACCCCGAGACCAACGACGCCAUCCCCAUGAUCAGCAAGCUGCGCUACAGCCCCAACUUUGACAAGGCCUUCAAGCACGUCUUUGGCAAGACGCUCAUCUGCCGCAGCAUGGAGGUCUCCACCCAGCUGGCCCGAGCCUUCACCAUGGACUGCAUCACCCUGGAAGGUGACCAGGUGAGCAGCAGGGGAGCGUUGACGGGCGGCUACUACGACACGCGCAAGUCUCGCCUGGAGCUGCAGAAGGACAUGAGGAAAGCAGAGGAGGAGCUGCAGGAGCUGGAGGCCAAGCUCAACGAGAACCUGCGGCGCAACAUCGAACGCAUCAACAACGAGAUCGACCAGCUGAUGAACCAGAUGCAGCAGAUCGAGACGCAGCAGAGGAAGUUCAAGGCGUCGCGCGACAGCAUCCUCUCCGAGAUGAAGAUGCUGAAGGAGAAGAGGCAGCAGUCCGAGAAGACCUUCAUGCCAAAGCAACGUAGUCUCCAGAGUCUGGAGGCCAGCCUGCACGCCAUGGAGUCCACGCGGGAGUCCCUGAAGGCGGAGCUGGGGACGGACCUGCUGGCCCAGCUCAGCCUGGAGGACCAGCGACGCGUCGACGACCUCAACGACGAGAUCCGACAGCUGCAGCAGGACAACAGGCAGCUGCUGAACGAGCGUAUUAAGCUGGAGGGCAUCAUGACCAGGGUGGAGACGUACCUGAACGAGAACCUGCGCAAGCGCCUGGACCAGGUGGAACAGGAACUGAACGAGCUGAGGGAGACGGAGGGAGGCACGGUGCUGACGGCCACCACCUCUGAGCUGGAUGGCAUCAACAAACGCGUCAAGGACACCCUCGCACGCUCCGAAGAAAUCGACGGGCUGAUCGACAAGACGGAGGUGGAGAUCAAGGACCACAUCAAGAGCAUGGACCGCUGGAAGAACAUCGAGAAGGAGCAGAACGACGCCAUCAACCACGACACCAAGGAGCUGGAGAAGAUGACCAACCGGCAGGGCAUGCUGCUCAAGAAGAAGGAGGAGUGCAUCAAGAAGAUCAGGGAGCUGGGCUCGCUGCCCCAGGAGGCCUUUGAGAAGUACCAGACGCUCACGCUCAAACAGCUCUUCCGCAAGCUGGAGCAGUGCAACACGGAGCUGAAGAAGUACAGCCACGUCAACAAGAAGGCCCUGGACCAGUUCGUCAACUUCUCGGAGCAGAAGGAGAAGCUGAUCAAGCGGCAGGACGAGCUGGACCGCGGCUACAAGUCCAUCAUGGAGCUCAUGAACGUGCUGGAGCUGCGCAAGUACGAGGCCAUCCAGCUCACCUUCAAACAGGUGUCUAAGAACUUCAGCGAGGUGUUCCAGAAGCUGGUCCCGGGCGGCAAGGCCACGCUGGUGAUGAAGAAAGGCGACGCGGAGGGCAGCCAGUCGCAGGACGAGGGCGAGGGCGGCGACAGCGAGCGGGGCACCACCUCCCAGAGCAGCGUGCCCUCCGUCGACCAGUUCACCGGAGUCGGCAUCAGGGUGUCCUUCACGGGUAAGCAGGGGGAGAUGAGGGAGAUGCAGCAGCUGUCCGGAGGUCAGAAAUCGCUGGUGGCUCUGGCCCUCAUCUUCGCCAUCCAGAAGUGCGACCCCGCGCCCUUCUACCUCUUCGACGAGAUCGACCAGGCGCUGGACGCCCAGCACAGGAAGGCCGUCUCAGACAUGAUUGUGGAGCUGGCCGGCCACGCCCAGUUCAUCACCACCACCUUCAGGCCCGAGCUGCUGGAGUCCGCGGACAAGUUCUACGGCGUCAAGUUCAGAAACAAGGUGAGCCACAUUGACGUGAUCUCAGCGGAGCAGGCGAAGGACUUUGUGGAGGACGACACCACCCACGGAUAAGAGGCCUUCUUCCAGCUCUGCUCUUUCACCUGUAACCCCACCACACCUCACCACCACCCCUACUCUCCACCCUAUACACUCACACAGGACACUCCUCAAAUCUCUCCACUCAACUUGGAAUCUGUUGCAUCAAUCUCCUAAAGACUACAGAGUCUUUAGGCAGGUAAUGUACCCAUAGGUUGAGAUUGAGCUGGAGUGGGUGCAUACCAGAGAUGUAUAAAGUAAAAUUUGAAGUUCUGUUAUGGAGUAGCAGUACUGUUAUGGAUGUAAUGAGAACAUAAGUAGUAUGACCUUACUGCUGCUGGGGUGAAUUUCUCAAAACCAAAGUUGCUUACUACAUUAGCUACUUUGUUGUUUUCAAAGCGUUUUUGGCAUUGGCAACUAUCGAAGUUGCUAACAGGCUAACAACUUCUCUUUUGAGAAACUCACCCCAGCUGUGUAAAAUGAUAAAACUUGUGUUGUAAUUUCAUCCCUAACAGUACUUCUAGUUUAUGUAUCUCUGGUGCCUAGGGGAGGAGAUAUGGUAAAGCCAGCAUAAGUGUCAAGUCAAGAGGUGUGAGGGUUAGCUCUGUAAACAGUUCGAGGUUUUUUAUAUAAUUAAAAAAAAGAAAAGAUAAAAUUUAGCUUUUUAUAUGCUUGUUACAUUGUAUGCCGUUUUGUCUUUUGAGAAGAAAAGGUGGGGGGUAGAAAAUGAAAAAUGAAACGAUUGGCAUGAACUGCUUUUCUGCAGUGUUGGUGUUCGCCAAGUUCAGCUUUUUGCUUUUGUUUUUGUUUUUUUGCUAUUCCUAUGUGUUAUUCCACUUUUACAUUACACAUCUUUGUUCCGAUCUUUUAUCCUGUCUAAAACAAUGUGACGUUUUCAUUGUGGGAUGUGUAGACAAUGUGAAUUUUUAAAAACCAGUCAAUGUCAGGAUGAAGGUUAAUUCAGGUAAAUUGGGUCACUUUGGGCCAUUCGCUUAUGCCAAAAAAGAAAGUGUCCUCCCAAUUUACCUGCAUUCACCUCUACAUAAAUUACAUUAGCUAUCUUCUACCAAGACUAAGCUUUCUACCAGUAGUUGGCGACUUGUAGUAGUUGGCCUCUCUGUUCCCUUUGAGUUUGAAUUCUAAAACGAAACAAGAAAUGUAAUCAUAAAACUGAAGCCACUGCUUCAAAAUUUGGAAUUUAUUUUGAUCAUCAAAUGACUGAUGAUCAGUGAUUCACUCAAGCAAAACAUUGCUUUUAUUUCCAAUAUAUUUCUUCUAGUCUACUACUUCUCUUGACGCAUUUUUAAAGUUAUAUAUUUACACAUUUGUGUUGGUUUGUUUUUCCAGACGACAGUUUUGUUUUUUGUUUACUAUGUAAUUGCAUUCCCUGUCCAAGCCCGUUGCUGUAUAAUGUAGCUAGUGUCAGUCUACUGGAAUUUUAACUCGUGUUAAAAACAAUAAACACUUUUUAAAAAACAUUG